AUGGCCAUGGCCGUAGCCGUGGCGGCGCGCCGCGCGACUCUCCUCGUCGUGAUCUUCCUCGUCUCCGCGUCCUUGUUCGCGGCCGAUGCGUCAGUGGCGGCGGCGGCGGCGGCCGGACCCGGGGCGAACUCGUCGUCGUUCCUGCUCGCGGCGGAGCAGACGCAGCGGAAGGACCCGCUCGACGGGCUGAGGUACUACACCGGCGGAUGGAACAUCAGCGACGAGCACUACUGGGCCUCCGUUGGCUUCACCGCGGCGCCCGUAUUCGCGGCGGCGGGAGUCUGGUUCGUCGUGUUCGGCAUUGGCCUGUUCAUCGCCGGCUGUUGCUUCUGCUGCUGCCCGUCCGGCGGCGGCGGCGGCGGGGACUCCUACUCGCGCGCGUGCCUGUUCGUCUCGCUCGUGCUCCUCGUCGUCGUCACGGCCGCGGCAGCCUUCGGGUGCGCCGUGCUGUACGACGGGCAGGGCCGGUUCCACGGCAGCACGGCGGCGACGGUGGACUACGUGGUGCGGCAGUCGGGGGACACGGUGGCCACCCUGCGGGGCUUCACGGGCUUCCUGGAGACCGCCAAGGCCGCCGGCGUGGGGCCCAUCACGCUGCCCGACGACGUCAAGGGGAGGAUCGACGACGUCGUGCGCAAGGUGGGCGCGGCCUCCGACGAGCUCGCCGCCCGCACGGCCAGCAACGCCGCCAAGAUCCGCGCCGCCCUGGAGACCGUAAGGAAGAUUCUGAUAGUUGUUUCGGCGGCGAUGCUAAUCCUUGCUUUUCUUGGCCUCGUGUUCUCGCUGUGUGGAUUGGAGUCGAUUGUCUACGUGUUGGUGUUCCUGGGGUGGAUCCUGGUUGCAGGGACGUUUGUACUGUGUGGUACUUUUCUCCUCCUGCACAACGUGGUGGGUGACACGUGCGUGGCGAUGGGCGAGUGGGUGCAGCACCCGCAGGCGCGCACGGCGCUGGACGACAUCCUGCCGUGCGUCGACACGGCCGCGGCGAACGAGGCGCUGGACCGGGGCAAGGAGGUGAACUACCAGCUGGUGGCCGUGCUCAACGCCGCGCUCACCAACGUCUCCAACCGCGACUUCCCGCCGCAGGUGCCGCCGCCGCACAACUACAACCAGUCGGGCCCGCCGGUGCCGCUCCUCUGCAACCCCUACACGGCCGACCUCCGCGACCGCGCCUGCGCGCCGGGCGAGCUGCCCCUCGACGCCGCCGCCGCGCGCCAGGCGUGGCGGCGCUACGUGUGCCGCGGCGUCUACGCGGAUGCCGCGUCGGGGGCCGAUGUGUGCACGACUCCGGGGCGCGUCACGCCGUCCAUGUACGCGCAGCUCGCCGGCGCGGCCGACGUCAGCUACGGGCUGUACCACUACGGCCCCGCCCUGGUGGCGCUGGCGGACUGCACGUUCGUGAGGGAGACGUUCCGGACCAUCGGCGACGACCACUGCCCGGGCCUCAGCCGGUACAGCGGCCAGGUGUUCCGGGGCCUGCUCGCCGCUGCCGUCGCCGUGCUGCUGGCGGUGCUGCUCUGGGUCGUGCACUCGCGGGAGCGGCGGCGGAGGAGCGAGGCCAAGGAGAUCCUGCUGCUGGCCUCGUCGCCCUACAAGUUUCCUGUGGAGGAGAGGGCGUUCCUCAAGAGCCCGGCGAGGCCGUACAUGUGA